GGUGCUGUUUCGCUUUUCUUAGUUUUAGUAGGCCUGAUGUUGAACACGUUGAUGGUUCAACAUUGUUCACGUGGCGCUAUGGACAGUGACAUGCAUCAGUAGUCAGUGUACAUAACAUGUACAGUACAUGUACAUGUACACUGUAUAUCACUCGGUCAUGUCAGUAUGUAGGUGUUGAUACAUGUAUGCAUACAUACGACUACAUGUAGGUAGCGUAGGCUAGGCCUGCGUUUACCAUGGCUACAUCGCUUCUGAAGGCUCCGAUCAUGGACCUAGGCUAUAGCUCUAAUAUUUUCUUUGAGACAAGUGACAGAUUACAAAAAGCACAUAAAGCAUGCUGUCCAGAUUGUGCAGAAGCUUACUGCAAACCACUUCAGUUUCAUCUGUGGUCAGGUUACAGAGUGGUGCAGCAGUAACAUCUCAACAGGUGUUUGACAGAGAAGCUCGUUAUGGUGCACACAAUUACCAGCCACUACCUGUGGCAUUAAAGAAAGGCAAAGGUGUAUUUGUGUGGGAUUGCGAAGGCAAACGCUACUAUGAUUUUCUGAGUGCAUACAGUGCUGUUAACCAGGGCCACUGUCAUCCCAAGAUUGUGGAUGCACUCCAGGAACAAGCAGCAGUUCUUACUCUAACAUCACGUGCUUUCUAUGCGGAAUUGCUAGGGCAGUAUGAGCAGUACAUUACAACAUUGUUUGGUUAUGACAAGGUGCUGCCCAUGAACACAGGAGUAGAGGCAGGUGAAACUGCAUGCAAAUUAGCAAGGAAGUGGGGUUACUCAGUGAAAGGAGUUCCCCCCAAUCAGGCCAAGAUCAUCUUUGCUGAAGGUAACUUCUGGGGUCGUACAUUGGCUGCAAUUUCAUCUUCUACAGAUCCUAGCAGCUACGAAGGUUUUGGUCCUUACAUGCCAGGAUUUGAGAUCAUUCCAUAUAAUGACUUGGGAGCACUAGAGAAAUCGUUAGAGGAUCCCAAUGUGGUUGCCUUUAUGGUAGAACCAAUUCAGGGUGAGGCAGGUGUGGUUGUGCCAGAUCCUGGCUAUCUGCGUGGUGUAAAAGAGCUGUGCACCAGGAACAAUGUGUUGAUGAUUGCUGAUGAAGUUCAGACAGGACUUUGCAGAACUGGUAAAAGGCUGUGUGCAGACCAUGAAAAUGUCCGUCCAGAUCUGGUGCUGCUUGGCAAGGCUCUAUCAGGUGGUGUAUUCCCGGUUUCUGCUGUACUAGCCGAUGAUGAAAUAAUGCUGUCCAUCAAACCAGGAGAACAUGGCUCAACAUAUGGCGGUUGCCCAAUAGCAUGCAAGGUGGCUUUAGCUGCACUUGAGGUCUUGGAGGAAGAGAACCUUGCUGAGCAUUCUGAGCGUUUAGGGGUCAUCCUGAGAGAAGAACUCAACAAACUGGAUAAAGACAUAGUAACCUUGGUUAGAGGCAAAGGACUUCUCAAUGCUAUUGUCAUACAGAGAACUGAAGCAUUUGAUGCCUGGAAAGUGUGCUUGAAGCUUCGUGACAAUGGACUAUUGGCAAAGCCUACCCAUGGUGACAUCAUCCGCUUUGCUCCCCCACUUGUCUUGACUGAAGAACAGCUUUAUGAAUGUUUGGACAUCAUCUGCAAAACAGUGUUAUCAUUUCAGUGAAAUAUUAACACUCAUUGGACUUCCUGUUUAAACACUCCCUUAAACACAGAAGAAAUGUUAUAUUUGAUGGACCAUGAUCCUUUUUGCAGGUAGAAGAUGCUAGUCUGACAGUUUAUGAGUAGGAACUUUGUAGGUGGAGUAGAAUCUUGGCUCUCAAUGAUUUGGAAACCUUUUAGAAAAUUUGAAAACAUGUUUUGGUAUGACAGGUAAAUAUCACACGUGUGUUGUUAAAUACAUUUCCUAUCCCUAACAGUCCCAAAUCCUCCAAUUUCAAUACGAUUUUACGCACACCCUAAGGGGUUACAAUUAAACUGACUUCGUAACAUUUUUUAGCUUGGCCAGUUACAUGUAAUGAUAUUUACAUGUCGAUGUAUGUGGACAUAUUUUUCUUGUUUUAAUGUUGUUUCUCUGAGAAGUGUAUGUGAAGGAAACUUGUGUCUCAGCCAUGUUUCAUGGGAAUGAAGUCUUUUUAUGACCUUUGUGCAUGUGUAUCACAGUUUAUGUUCAUGAUCUGUCCAUUAAUAUCAUUGCAUUGUCUUUUCUUUUCCAAUUAAUUAGUGUACAUGCAUACCUUUCAUUUAUAUUUUUGUCAUUGAAGCUUCUAGGAAGCACUUCUGUCAUACAUUGUUUUGGGUAAUGCUUUCAUCAAAUGCUUAAUGGCGAUAUUUUUCAUAGUAUAUCUUUAUGUUGUUUUAUUUUUGUGACUUUUUCACUUUCUAUAACAAUCAUGUUGUGGUUUGUAAUUCAGUGAUUAAAAUACAUAAUGUAAUCUGCCUUAAAAAGAAGACGGCAUUAAAGUUUGUUACGAAAUCACUUUUGCAAAUAUUCACGUAUGCACAAAAUGGUCACAAGCAUAAUCACCCAUACCUGUUUUACAAAGUGUGGAUAUUCCUCCAAAAUUCCUCCGUAUUUUGUCACGGAUAAUUUUGACUCCAAAAUGCCUCUGAAACUUUUUCAGAGAGGGGAAAACAUUGUGUGGACGUGUACGAGUCCACACGCCAUCAUACCCUACAUUACAUGUAUUGUGGACUUCUUUUAUGUAGAGGUCCACACUAUGUAUGCCAUGCUUGCACACCCAAUAUUGUGUCAAAAAGUGUCAAGCAAUUGCAGGACUUUGGUCUUUUAGGUUUUAUGUAUUAAACUUUGAUUCACAGGUAAAAUCUGAAGGUCACAUCAGCAUAAGUAUUGCCUACAUUCUAAUGCAAAGGUAUAUGGCAUCCAUAUUGCCUGCAUUUAAGACCGUGUGCUGACCAACCAUGUAGGGCAUUGUGCCAGUGUAGUUAAAUCGGCCACUAAAGUUGUUGGACGCUUUUCAUUGUUGGACAUUUUUUAUUAUAUGAGAUAUAUAUUGACGUUGGAAGUACGGAAGGAUGUUUAAGUUGUAGUUGCUUUAUUAGAUUUUUCAUUUUAGUCUUUUCCUCCUUCAUGUAUGUUGCAGUAACUGCUUUCAGAUGUGUGGUUUGGAGUAUGUUAUUUUGAAGCUGACUUUUCAGGAUAAAUUUUGUUAGGAAAAACUUUGAAUGAAUGAGUUGCAUCAACUAUUUCAGGCAACAUUGGCAUUCACUUGGAAAGAAAUCUUUAAAGACUGAAUUUUGGGGGUAAACCCUCUUCCCUGUUAAACUUUGCUAAUGCUUACAGUUUCAUUUGUAUUCUUUAUGUUAUGCUAAAUUUUUAUUCUCUUUUUCUUUUUCCCUAUAAAGAAAUUAAAUAGAUUUGACGAACGCCUCCUCUGUCA